AUGGCAGCGGCCGCAGCGAAGCAAGCGAAAAGCGUCAGUACCAUGCUGAAUAGAGCAAUUCCCGCGGCGCUGCUGGCAGUGGCCGUGGCUUGGAAGCGCAUUGAUACUAGACUGGGCGAGUAUCUGCUACUCCAGAUCACGCCCCUCGCACCGCUUCCCGCGCUCGUGCUAGCGGACAUGCGAGUCAAUGUUUACAUGUCAAUAUGUUAUGCAAGCCCGGGAACAUGCUGCGGAGGGCUCCGCGUACAGUAUCGCGAGAUGCGAGCGCCGAAAGGGCCCUACAGUGCUGGCAUCGACGCUGCAUUCGCCCACCGCGGCAUGUGCUCCGUUGACAACCCAGGACGGACGAGAACAAAACGGCGAACCAGGGCCUACCACGACAAGAUCGCAGCCCGGCUCAAGCUCACAUGCUGCCCAUCACUUCCCAAACAGCACCGACAGCACCGACAGACCCAAAAGUCCCCUAUCAGGGCUCCUCUGAAGGCGCUGUGGCUGCACCCUCGCAGCGGCCCUCGCACUGUCCGCGCCAACCACCGCUGCCCAUCCCGCUAG